AUAAAGCUGGAUCCAGCAAGAGAACAGCUGAUGAACAUGGAGCUUCUGCAGAAUUUCAAGUCUCUCCUGCAACUGUUUAACAGUACAGGUGUUAUUGCUGUCUUCUUAAGUGUUUUUGCUCUGCUGUUUGACCUCAUGAAGAGGAGAAAAGUGUGGGACAGGUAUCCCCCAGGCCCAUGGGGUCUGCCAUUUCUUGGAAACAUGCUUCAGAUUGGCAUACGAAAGCAACACUUGCGUUUAACUGAGUUAAGUAAAAAAUUUGGAAACCUGUAUAGCCUUCAGCUCGGCUGGGUCCAUGCCGUGGUGGUAAAUGGAUUUGAUGCCAUGAAAGAGCUUCUUAUUAAGAAAUCUGAAGACUGUGCUGAUCGUCCUAACUUGCCAGUUAUUGAAGUUCUUGGGUACACAGAUAAAAAUGAAGGAAUUGUAAUGGCACGAUAUGGACGGUCAUGGAAAGAACAAAGAAGAUUUAUAUUAUCUACCUUCAGGAAUUUUGGACUAGGGAAGAAAUCACUGGAAGACAGGAUUUCUGAAGAAGCUGGAUUUUUAUGUACUGAAUUCCAGAUGAAGAAAGGUCAUCCCUUUGAAACUCAUUACAUAAUAAACAAUGCUGUGUCGAAUGUGAUCUGUUCAAUUAUAUUUGGGGAUCGGUUUCACUAUGAAGAUGAGAAAUUUCAAGAACUCUUACAUACCUUUGAAGAAAGCUUAAGGGAGACCAGUGGAUUCUGGGGUCAGGUGUUGAAUGUAAUCCCUUGGGUUAUUCAUUUUCCUGGGCCUCAUCAAAAAGUUGUUAAAAUUCAACGCAAAAUGGAGGAGUUCUUGUUGGUCUUCAUCAAGCAACACAAGGAAACAUUUGAUCCAUCUGAGAAAAGAGAUUUCAUUGAUGCUUUCUUAGCAGAAAUGGAAAAGGUUAAAGAUGAUCCAGAUACCAGUUUCACUGAAGGAAACUUGAUGCUUACAACGCUAGAUUUAUUUUUCGCGGGCACAGAGACCACCUCAACAACACUGCGUUGGGGGUUACUUUUCAUGAUCUUAAACCCAGAUAUGCAAUGUAAAGUUCAUGAGGAAAUUGACCGGGUGAUUGGGAAGGGCAGAAAUCCUAACAGUGGAGACAGAGUGAAUUUGCCUUAUACAGAUGCAGUUAUCCAUGAAAUUCAGCGAUAUGGUGAUAUUUUUCCAAUUGGACCACCUCGAAGGAUGAUACGAGAUGUAAAUAUUAUGGGGCACUUCAUUCCUAAGGGAACAACCAUUGUAACAAACCUGUCAUCUGUCUUGAAGGAUGAAACAGUCUGGGAAAAACCACAUGAGUUUUACCCAGAACAUUUUCUAGACACCAAUGGAAAAUUUGUAAAGCGUGAUGCCUUCUUGCCUUUUUCAGCAGGUCAUCGUAUUUGCCUGGGAGAACAACUUGCACGCCUCGAACUCUUCAUUUUCUUCACAACUUUGAUGCAGCAUUUCACAUUCUUCCUUCCAGAUGGUGAACCAAAACCAAGCACAGAUGCAUCUUAUAUGUUCACACUGGCACCCCCUCCCUUCAAGAUGUGUGCUAAAUUAAGAUAAUUAACUAAUGGUUGAAAAGGAUUGAAAAUUAUACAUAGAGAUCAUGAUGUUAUAAGCAGUCAUGCUGGAAUUCUUUAAUGGCUAAAAAGCCACUUCAAGAAUUAUGUUUUAAAAUAAUUUCCCAGGAAUCAAUAGACUAAGCUAUUAGCAAAGACAAACUGAUUGUGUUGACUAUAAGAAACAUAAUUAUUUUAACUUAAUUUUGAAUAAUAUGAGAACAUUAGCAUGUAGAGAGGCUAAUAUUAAUAAGAAGUAUAAUUUAACCUACCCUAUACCUUACUCUGUUUUGGGCCAAUGAAAUUAAGAACAUUAUUUUUAGAAGAUGGAAAAGCUCUGAAGGAAUCCAGAAGUAUAUUAAGUAAUGGGAUCCACCCUUAUUUUUACUGGCAAAUGUUAUUUCAGUUUUUGAGACAAUAUAGAUGUGAAUGUGAGCGUGAGUGUGUGGUAUGAAAGAACUACCACAGUAGGGCUAACCACUUGGUGUAAACAUUGACUCUACAUGAUUGUCAACCAGACCACAUGUGUAUAAAUGAGAAAAAGGGGUUCAGUUUUGUAACUCUUCCUUUAAUGAAUUAUUGAGCACCCAUGAUGGAUGGAUUAGAAAAUUAAGUUUGGAAUAGGGAGACCAGUGGAGUUUUGAGCACUUUUAGGAGGUGUUGCCCUUUUAUUAAUAAGGGCCCUUGGGUUCCUCUACCUACAGUUUGAACUGCACCACUGACUGAGCAGAUGAAGUUUGAGAAUUUAAUGUAGUUUUGAGUUUCGCCAUAAUGUAUUGUAGUGCGUGAACCAGCGGUGCAUUUUUCAUGCUUUUUCCCCCCGUGUUUUCUUCACUGUGGCACAACCAUGGAGUGGCUACAUAUAAAUUUGGUCCCCUGCAAAAA